AUGGCACUAUCAGAAGUUGAACCUUUAUACUUUGGAGCCGAUGGCUCUGGCAACAGUCUUUUUUUUGCUGUUCUUUUUGCAUUAGAGACGCCUGAUGCUUUAUAUGUUACUGACAAAUAUGAAGUUUCCUAUGUGACUUUUUGCCAAAGUGAAGAACAAUCAAGCAAUGAACUUGUACCUUCGUUGCGCUUAGAAGUUCCUUCAGGUCUUCAAUCACAACUAAGUCCUGCAUUUGAAGAUUGUUUGAAAAGAAUUGAAAAAUAUUUUUUAAAGCAAGUUCUGUCUACUACUGUGGAUUGUAUUAAAUGUGGAGUAGUAAUCAAUAGUGGUGAGGUUUUGGUUUAUUAA